AUGAGCAGCUCCUCUGCUUACGAACCCGAUGAAGACGACUCCGAGCUCGAUUCUGACACUGCGUCGGGGCGCGCGCGCCAGCAACGGUCGACCUCGCGAGGUCGGACUCUAAGACGAUUCUCUGUUGAUUCGGAGGAUGAGAAUCCUGAGACCGAAAAGCUUCAAAAGAUUAAACAAGACCGCCUCGAUGCCCUCAACGACCUAUUCCAAGAUAUUGGGCCGAAUUCCCUCGAGGGUUACACUCGACUUCUCGCGGAAAUUGAAAAGAGUUAUGAUCCUAGGAAUGUGAAGGAAGAUGAUGAGUUAUUGAAUGUCACACAAGAUGGUGCGGUGGUGUGGACGGCCACGGAGAAGGAGGUUCUAUACAAUUUCCUCGAUCGAAAGAGCGCCAACGGAAUUAAGGAAAUCGCAGCUGCAAUCGGUACAAAAUCGGAAUUGGAAGUGAUGGAACAUCUCAGGGUUGUACAGAGAACCAUGAGAAAACGACUGGACCAGCGACGUCUCAGGUGGAUUACUGUGGCUGAGAUCCCCGCAGCAGUCGAAAUCGACGAGGGAUGCUGUGCUGAGCAGGAAAAAUAUGCCAAGUACUUGACCCUCAAAGAUGCCAUUGCAGACGAGCACACCAACCAGCUCCACUACGGCGAUUAUGGUAAAAUCGGCGAGACCGAAGCCCAAGCCCUCGGCAAUGCAGACUCCGAAACUCCCUUGCAAGGCGAUCUUCAACUCGCUGCUGGUCUAUUCAAUACGUCGAAUUGGAUCUCCCUGUCUAAAGACCUUUUCAUGAACUUCGGUGGCGAAAGGGAGGAAGAUGAUUGGAGAAAUAUUGCUGAAUCGGAAGAGGACAUGCCCUCAAUCACCGCAGACGCAAUGAUGGAUUUCUCUGCCCUCGCGACAAGUCUGACCCGCCGUUUAAUCCAAUCUUCAAUAUUCAUGACUGAAUCACGGCUACGUACUACCGGUAUAAGCUCGGAUACCCAACGUGAAAUCAAGCUUGGAGACGUCCAAACCGCAAUCGAAGUGUUGAACUUGAAGCGCAAGCGACCCUCCUUCCUGGAACUUGCGCGUCGAAAUCGAAUGGUCAUCGGCGCAUUUCCCCCACAAAGAACUAUCGCGACACGAACCAUCGGUUAUGGCGAGGCAAGGAAAGUCCUUAAGUAUAAUGAUAAGAAGUUUUAUAAAACAGCGCAUGCCAUGGAACAAGAGAAGGUUUCGCACAAUGAUGCGGGUCAGACUGCGGUCAGUGAAAGGAACGAGCAUUCAGAUGAGGUCAUGGAUGAAGAUGGUGAUGACUCUGAAGAAGAUGAAGAAGACCCCGAGGACGACACGGUUAUUCAUGCGCAAAACGAAUCCAGUCACCCAAAUAUCUCACAAAAUCCUGAACUUCUACAGCCUGGUAUCUCUGAUGGCCAAUUAGCUGAAGACAAGGAGGAAGAAGAGGCCGACAACUUUGAUCGCGAGCAAAGUCGCCAGGAAGAACUACGACUAUGGACUAUGUUUGAGAAACUCCCACCGCCCGCCCUUCUUAUUCCCAUAGUUGAAUUCCUCCCUAGCCUCAACGAAGACAGGAAAGAGGCUAUGGACGACGAAAAGGACGACCUAGCACAGCAUGGCAUCUCGGAGCACAGGACCCAAGAAGACGUCGCCGAUUGGCGAGACCAUACUCUUUACCGAAGUGAAUGGGAACAAUAUGGCUCCGACCUGGGAGAUCUGGCGGAGGAACUGGUUCAGAAUACGAGGAAGCGUCGCCGCGUCGAGGAAGGUGAUGCAGAGGAUGACGAUGACGAUCAUCAUCAGUAUGAUAGUGAGAAGAAGGGUGAAAAUGAGAAACAGCAAGGGAAAAUAGCUGGAGGCGAGCCCGACGCGCCACCCGGCGGAUUUAAGUCUGCUGCCAUUAUCGAGAGUGACGACGAUGGCGACGACCAAGCUACCGACAGCAGCAGUGGCAGCGGUAGUAGCGGUGAUGGCAAUGGUGAAGGCAGCCCCGUCGACAACAGUGAAAGCGAUGACAGCAGUUCAAGUGACGACAGCAGGGAUCAAGAAAGAGGAGGGAAUCAAGUCACAGUCUCUGCUCCUACGGUUCCGCCAGCAAUUUACAUCAACAGUGACGAUGAUGACAACACCAGAGUUGGAAACCAAGAGAACGAGGCUGGAGACGAAAGUUCCACCGACUCUGGCUCUGGCUCUGAAUCCUCCGAUGGGUCUUCCUCUAAUGACGGCCUCGGUCCUGGACAUAAAGAGCAAGCGGCCAGAAUCGAAAUAUCCAGCGACUCUGGCUCAGAUUCUGGCUCAGAUUCUGGCUCAGAUUCUGACUCUGACAAUUCCUCCUCUAAUGACGGCCCCGCUGUUGUAAAUCUGGAGCCCGAAGCCACAAUUGAGAUAUCAAGUGAUUCAGACUCAGAAUCAGAAUCUAAUGCCGACUCGUCCGAUGAUUCUUCCUCGGAAGAUUCUCCUCCAAGUCAAUUGCCUCCAGCCACCCCUUCAGAUCCAAUGGAUCUAGACGACGAACCUCCUGCUGCACUCCCGCCUGCUGGCUUCAUGUAG